AUGUUGGUCAAGCUCCUCACCAUCGUCUUCUUCUUGAACAUACUCUAUCAAUUCAACCAAUCAUCUUCCCAAAUUCUCGAGUUCACUUACGAUGGCUUCCAUCGUCCACUGACCGGCAUAUACCUCCAAGGGAUCUCCACCGUCACACCCAGCGGUCUCUUAAAGCUGACCGAGAAAACCGUGCUUCAAACCGGUCAAGCCUUCUAUACCCGACCAAUCCAGUUCAAAGAUUCUCCAAACGGCACCGUCUCGUCCUUCUCUACAACCUUUGUCUUCGCCAUCAACCCUCUGAUGCCAACAGUUAGCGGCCACGGCAUGGCCUUUGUCGUCGCUCCCAACUUCUACCUCCCAUCUGCCACUCCCAGCCAAUACCUCGGGCUAUUUAACAUCACAAACAACGGUGAUGAUUCAAAUCAUGUAUUCGCCGUUGAAUUAGACACGAUUCAGAGUGCCGAGUUCAAUGAUACGAACGAUAACCAUGUCGGAAUCGAUAUCAAUAGCUUGAUGUCAGUGCAAAGUUCGCCGGCUGGGUACUGGAACGAGACAGAUCAGUUUAAGAAUCUGACUUUAAUCAGUGGUAAGCCGAUGCAGGUUUGGGUGGAAUACGAUGGCCUUUCGCAUAAAAUCGACGUAACAAUGGCUCCGUUGACCGAGAACAAACCUAGAAAACCGCUUGUUUCGGCUGUCAGAGAUCUUUCUUCCGUUAUUCAACAAGAAAUGUUCGUGGGUUUCUCGUCUGCGACUGGUUCUGUCCUGUCGGAGCAUUAUGUUCUCGGGUGGAGUUUCCGGUCAAAAGGGAAAGCUCCGCCGUUGACAUUAUCGAAACUUCCGAAAUUUCCGGAAUUGGGGCCGCUUAGGAUGUCCCUCGGCUUGACUCCAAGGGAGGUGUUGAUUACUAUAUUGUUGAUUUCCCUCUUUUUAAUCUUCUUGAUCCUCUUCCUCGUGCGGUUCAUAGUGAGGAGGAGAAGAAAGUUUGCGGAGGAGCUCGAAGAUUGGGAAACGGAGUUUGCGAGAACCCGAAUGAAGUUCAAGGACUUGUACUAUGCCACCAAAGGGUUCAAGAAAAAGGGCCUUCUCGGAUCAGGCGGGUUUGGAAGUGUUUACAAAGGUGUCAUGCGGAAGACGAACAAGGAAAUCGCCGUGAAAAGAGUCUCGAACGAAUCUAGACAAGGGUUGAAAGAGUUUGUGUCGGAGAUCGUGAGUAUAGGUCGGAUGAGUCACCGGAACUUAGUCCCUCUCUUAGGUUAUUGCCGCCGAAAAGAUGAGCUUCUUUUGGUGUACGACUACAUGCCCAAUGGAAGCUUAGACAAAUAUCUGCACAAUACUCCGGAGGUAACACUCAACUGGAAACAGAGGCUUAAGGUCAUCAAAGGUGUGGCCUCUGCUCUAUUCUACCUCCACGAGGACUGGGAACAAGUGGUGAUUCACCGUGACGUCAAAGCCAGCAACGUCUUGCUAGACGCGGAGCACAACGGGAGACUCGGAGAUUUCGGUUUAGCCCGGUUGUGCGGUCACGGGUCGGAUCCUCUAACCACACACGUCGCUGGAACAUGGGGAUACCUAGCCCCCGAUCACAUCAGGACAGGAAAGGCCACAACCGCAACCGAUGUUUUUGCGUUUGGAGUGCUCGUACUUGAAGUUGCGUGCGGCAGACGUCCUAUAGAGAUUCAGAACCAGAGAAGUGAGAGGGUCUUACUCGUGGAUUUGGUUUUUGGGUUUUGGAAUGAGGGAAACAUUUUGGAUGCUAAGGAUCCGAAUCUUGGGACAGAAUGUGAUCAAAGAGAGGUGGAAAUGGUUUUGAAGCUAGGUUUGUUGUGCUCUCAUUCCGAUCCACUGUCUAGACCAACUAUGAGACAAGUGUUGAAUUACCUAAACGGAGACGCAAUGUUACCAGAUUUUUCACCAUUGGACUUGCGUGGGAACGGGAUGAUGAUGCUGGGAAUCCACCAGAGAGUUGGUGAGCCAGUUAUGUCUAACGGUGGAUCUUCCAUGGUUGACUCUAUACUCUCUGGUGGAAGGUGA